UACUGCUUAUCUUCCUCUGAAUAGUCCACUCCUUAAAAAAUAUGUGUUACUAUGGGGGAUACUAUGGAGGCCUGGGCUAUGGCUAUGGCUGUGGCUAUGGCUGUGGCUAUGGCUGUGGCUAUGGUGGCUAUGGUUAUGGCUGCUGCCACCCACUGUGCUGUGGAAGAUACUGGUCUUAUGGCUUCUAUUGAGGACAUUAUGCAGAUACCCAGCCUUUCUAACCAGAAGGGC